AUGACAAGGAAUAGCAAACAGGUGAAUGUGGAGGUGUUGAUACCCAAACAGGACAGCCUGACCAGGUACGAUACUCCUUGUCGGAGGGAUAAACCAAGGAAAAGAAAGCUUAUUUUAAGUUAUAACGAAGACGAGGACGACAAUGUAGGGGAUGAUCAGGAAAUUAGUCUAGUUCCAGAGAUUGAAAAAUAUGGAAGCGUCAUGAACGAAAGGCAUAGGACUGUUCGGAAAGAUGAAGUUUCUUUAGCUGAAGAAGACGUGGGAAGGAACAGUGGUAGCAGACUAAUCAAUGACGUGUCAGCAAAAAAGUUUACCAAGAAGAGAAGUUUUUCCAGAAGGCGCCUUAGUUUUUCGAAAGAGAGAAAAGGUUGUGCUGUUACUGAAAAAUCAAAAUGGGACGGAGACGAAGAUUAUGGUCCUGGAUCAUUGUCAAUGACUGAACUUUCAACUGGUGGGCAAAAUAUAUCUGCAGAUUGUGAAAUUGUACCUGCAGAGAUAUAUUAUGAAGAAUGUGUCCAUGCUUCAAAACUCAGAGAAGUUCAUUGUGAUCAAUAUAGGAUUGACAAAGGGAAAGGUGAAGUUAAGAAAGGAAGGAAGCAUGUAAUUGGGAUCACUGGAACUACAGAUCUAGCUCAACAUUCACAUAAGAGAAGAAGAACUUCUAAGAAAGAGAAGGCUUCUGUACCUAAAACCUGCUGUGGAAAGGGGGGAGACAGUGAUGAAGAGUGGAACGAAUGCCUCAACAAGCAAAGGACAUCUACAGUUUCAGGAAAUGAUGAAAGUACUAACAGUUUUGCAACCGCAGACAUCAGAAGAAUGCCUAGGCGAUGUCGUGCUUCGUCAACCAAGAUAUAUAGUUUUGAGAAUUAUUUGGUUGGGGACUGGAUGGAUGAAGAGGAAGACAUCGAACUUUUGCAAUAUGAAGAAAGCACUGUAGAUACAAACAAUCUCACUGGGAAUGUAAGCUACAAAUUGAGUUCUGCGCAGUCAAAAGAAAAAAUAAGGGUUAAAAGAACAAAAGGAGAUGAAAAUGGCAAACUCUCUUCAUCCAAGUCAUCUUCAUCAUCAUCGUCAUUCAACUCCUCGUCUUCAGAAAAUGAUGGGAAAAGCAAGGAUAUAUCCACAGGCGGAAAAACCAAUGUGAACAAAAAGGAACCACUGAGGUGCCAUCAGUGCAUGAGAAGAGAAAGAAGAACAGUUGUUCCUUGUGAGAAAUGUGAAGAUAAAGUUUAUUGCAUCCGGUGCAUUAGGGAGUGGUAUCCUAAUCUGUCAGAAGAAGAUAUUUCAGAAACAUGCCCAUUUUGCCGUGGGAACUGCAACUGCAACUUGUGCUUGCAUUCAAGCGACCUUUCCAAGGUUCAGACACCACGUGCAAAUCGCUCUGAUCAACAAAAGGCUCAACAUCUUCAGUAUUUCAUUGGUUUACUUCUGCCAUUCUUAAAGCAAAUUCAUAAAGAGCAAAUAGAGGAAAUAGAAAUGGAAGCUCUAAUUCAAGGUGUCCCUGCAUCUUCAGUCGUCAUCGAAAGGUCGGUUUAUCAUCCAGAUGAACGAGUUUUCUGUGAUCAUUGUUCAACUUCAAUCAUUGAUCUACAUCGGAGUUGUCCCAGUUGCUCUUUUGAGCUCUGUCUCAAUUGCUGCCGUGAGAUUCGUGAAAAUGCAUUUCUAGUACGACAAGAUACAUCACUUUACCGGUAUGCUGAUCUGGGUUAUGAUUAUAUGCACGGCGGAGACCCGUCACCGACGUCUUGUGUAAUGAACGAUUUAGAAGAACAGGUUGAACCACCUAUUCAAUGGGGUUCUAAUGAUGAUGGAAAUAUCACUUGUCCCCCGAGGGAGAUAGGUGGAUGUGGUAGUCAUUUCCUAAUCCUCAAGUCUCUCCUUGAGAAAGACUUAAUGUCAAAUUUGGAAGCCAGAGCACAAUUUGUCUUGGACAAUUGCAGAGUCCCAAACACGUUUGCUUCACUAGAUUUCUGUGAAUCUGUUUACCCUAAAGACUCACGAAGAGCUUCUUUCAGACGAGGAUCCACUGACAACUGUUUGUACUGCCCUGAUUCAAAUGAUACCCUGAUGCAUGAUGAGUUGUUCCGCUUCCGAAAUCAUUGGGCUAGAGGUGAACCUGUGAUUGUUCAAAAUGUGUUAGAACAGACUAGUGGAUUAAGUUGGGAGCCAAUGGUUAUGUGGCGUGCAUUAUGUGAGCACAAAGAUACAGGGGUCAGUUCAAAAAUGACAGAAGUUAAGGCUAUCGAUUGUUUGGCAGAUUGCCAGGUUGAGAUCAAUACCCGCAAGUUUUUCAAGGGUUAUGUGGAAGGAAGAACUUACAUGAAUUUUUGGCCUGAGAUGCUCAAACUCAAGGACUGGCCUCCUUCUGAUAAGUUUGACAAUUUGCUGCCCCGCCAUUGUGACGAGUUCAUCAGUGCAUUGCCAUUCCCGGAAUACACAGAUCCUAGAGAUGGUUUCCUGAAUCUGGCGGUUAAGCUUCCGAAUACCAUUUUGAAACCUGAUUUAGGUCCAAAAACAUAUAUAGCAUAUGGAGUUGCAAGGGAACUUGGAAGAGGGGAUUCUGUGACCAAGCUUCAUUGUGAUAUGUCUGACGCAGUAAAUAUUCUGACCCACACAGCAGAAGUAUCAUUAACUGAUAAGCAACGUUCUGCAAUCGAGGAAUUGAAAAAGAAACAUAAGGCCCAGGAUGAAAAAGAAAGACUUGAGCAAGAGAACAAAAAUAAAAAUCACUUUAGGCUCGACAAUGACCUCAGUGAAAGAAAUGAAACUGCGAGUGAAUCUUGCCUUACUUCAUUGGAAAAAACUUAUGAAAAAGGUGGUGCUCUAUGGGACAUCUUCCGGAGGGAAGAUGUUCCCAAACUGAAAGAAUAUCUUAUCAAACAUUCCAAGGAAUUUAGGCACACUUACUGCCUUCCAGUUGACAAGGUUAUUCAUCCAAUUCAUGAUCAGUCAUUCUAUCUUACAUGGGAACAUAAAAGGCAGCUCAAGGAAGAAUACGGUAUUGAACCCUGGACAUUUGAGCAAAGACUUGGAGAGGCUGUUUUCAUUCCAGCAGGCUGUCCUCACCAGGUUCGGAAUCUUAAGUCAUGUACAAAAGUUGCAGUGGACUUCGUUUCUCCUGAAAAUUUGCAUGAAUGCCUUCGACUGACUGAGGAGUUCAGAAAACUUCCAAAGGGCCAUAAGGCUAAAGAAGACAAACUAGAGAUCAAGAAAAUGAUAAUCCAUGCAGUGGACCAAGCUGUUAGAGAACUUGAAGAGCUGACCAGUUCCUGCAUGAACAGUUGA